AUGGCACCCCCGACUACCGAGAACUAUACCCAACCGGCAGAAUGCAAAUACGCGAGCGAGAACCUUCCCACGAUAUCCGGCUCGAAAUUCUCAACCCUCGUCCCACUAUACCAGGAGGAUCACAAUGGCACUGACAUGUCCAAAAUCCUUGAAUCCUGCUGCCCCACGAGUAUCUGGUUCUACGACGAUCCCCAGCCGUGCACGGCUGUUUGUACCGCCAGCUCUGGUGCGAAGGCACAAGACGUGCAGUAUUGCUUGAAUGCGCGGGAAAUAAAUUAUGGUGGAGAUGGGAGUACGACGUCGGAUGCUGGAGUGAAGAGGCUUCCUGGGAGGAAAUUGUGGGCUUUUGUUUUGGUGGGUGGAUUGGUUUUUUCGGCGUGGUGA